CAUUUCCAUCUCAAGGAUAUAUCUAUAGAUUCCAAACUGACUCGUACCUUCUCCCCCUUUAGCGUCUCUGUUUGCGUUUGUUUCCCGAGAAAGCAAAAUUCCGAUGGCCCCCAAAGCUGAGAAGAAGCCAGCCGAGAAGAAGCCUGCCGAGGAGAAGAAAUCGACGGUGGCAGAGAAGGCUCCUGCAGAGAAGAAGCCCAAGGCCGGAAAGAAGCUCCCGAAGGAAGGCGGAGCCGUUGCUGGCGACAAGAAGAAGAAGCGGACCAAGAAGAGCGUGGAGACAUACAAGAUCUACAUCUUCAAGGUGUUGAAGCAGGUCCACCCUGAUAUUGGGAUCUCCAGCAAGGCCAUGGGGAUCAUGAACAGCUUCAUCAACGACAUCUUCGAGAAGCUCGCUCAGGAGGCUUCACGGCUCGCGAGGUACAACAAGAAGCCUACCAUCACCUCCCGGGAAAUCCAGACUGCUGUGCGCCUCGUGUUGCCUGGUGAGUUGGCUAAGCACGCCGUUUCCGAGGGGACAAAGGCCGUCACCAAGUUCACCAGCUCUUAAAUUGUACGCUUGCAGGCCUAGGGUUUGUGAAGAAAUUGCGGAAGAAAACUAGGAUUAGGGUUUGUGUUAUUCUCUAUAUCAGUAUCCUUAUUUUGUCUUUUGAUUUUAAGUGGUAGAUGCACGUUUAAUGUAAAGUACCUAUAUGCUUUAAGAUGGAAUGGAAAAUCUUUUGACGUAA